AUGAAUAUUUAAGUGCACAAAUGAGUACUGUAUUACUACUAAGAAUUCAACCCUGCAGUGGUCCAGGGUAGCUUUUAUUUUGUGGUCAUGAAGGGUAGAAUAUUACCGCCCACUACACGCUACACUAUAAACAAGGAAGCAGUACAAGGAAGUUAUACUACCAUAGCUCCAGCAGGGCCUGGUAACAACCUCAAUAGGUUGAACCAUGGUUGAAUCAAUCAGAAAAGUGGGUUAAAGAGUCAGCAAAGAGUAAUGUUGUAUUAUCACCCACUAUAUUUACUUUGAGGAAGAAUAAAAUACCCUAUGAAGUAACUAAAAAAUAAAUUUCUAUGAAGUUGCAGCCCAAUGGCAUUUUUUGGAGAGAGAGACAAGAUGCAUAAUAUAGUUUACAUCUUGAUUGUUUUGAUUUCCUGUACAUCUGCUGAUGUUGCAUUUGUUACGAAGCCACCUGAAGAGGUGAGGACAUUCCCAGGACAGCAGGUUACAUUGCCCUGUGUAUUGGAAAACUUACCUGAAAACCAAAGAGUUCGAUGGUUUCAGGUUGAAAAUAUUCAGUUCAUCUUUAUUUCGAACAACAGGGAUGUCUUCACAGAUACUAUUGAAAAUGUAGCUGAAAAUGUUUCAAUUACUGGCAAUGGAAUGAACUUUACUCUCCUUUUCAAUAUACCAGAUAAAAUAAAUUUCGGAUCUGAUCACAAUGUUAACAAAUUAUAUGAGUGUUCUGUAGUUAAAUCAGAUGGAUAUUCAACUGAUAUUUCUGCAAAAUCAAAAGUCAUUAUAGAGAGAAAUCUAAAUCCAAUUUGUGGAAAACUUAAGACUUUUCACUAUGUCAUUGGAGAAACAUUAACAUUAGCCUGUUUUCAUGAUUCAGAUCCUACUAUCAUUACAACUUUGAAAUCAGGAAAUGGAAAAGUUUUGCCUACCAAAUUGAAUGGUUCCUACAUUAUUCACAAUUUAAAGGUAACUAAAAACGACCAUGGAGCAAAAUUUAAAUUUGAAUCAAGAAGAAAUGGAACAAAUGAGAUCAAAAGCUGCUCAAUAGGCCCAAUCACUGUCAACUACAAACCUGAGAUUAACAUCACACAAACAUCAGCAACGGAAUUCAACUGUAUAGCAGAGGCUAGGCCUCCUGUGAAUGAAAUACAAUGGAUUGUGGAGUCUAGUAUUCCACAGGACAGUUUCAUGAUUUCAAACAAUGUUUUAAAAUUUAUUGAGCCAUUGCAAGUUGAUUCUGAGAUUAAAAUAACAUGCGAGGUGGAAAAUAUAAUUGGAAAGGGAACCAAGACUUUGAGCAUUCCAACUGUGAAUAAUCGGGAAGAAAAGGAUGGAAGUGGCAACAUUCCAACUGUGAAUAGUAGGGAUGAAGAGGAUGGAAGUAGCAUCAUUCCAGUUGUGAAUAACAGGAAUGAAGAAGAUGGAUCUGACAGCACUUUAGUGAUUAUUGUAGUAAGUUGUGUUGUGGUUGCAUUUUUAAUAAUCCUUUUGUUCUUGAUAAGAAAGCGAAUUAAACAUCAACAGACAUCAAAAAGCAGGAAUACGUCUGCUAGAUUUAGGAGAGCUGAUCCUCAGGUUGAACUAAAAAAUGAAGAUCCAAAAGGACUUGUUUAUGAUUAUGCUGCAAUCGAUGUCAAUGAAUUCCGUGCUGGUUAUCAGGAAACAGAAAAUGAAAUAUAUGUUGGAGGUGAUAUGUUAAACAGUGAUGAGGCUAAUGUAGCUAGUAAGAAACAAUCAAAUACAAAAUUUAAGGAUUUGGAUCAAAUUAGAGCUCAACCUAACAAAGAUUGCGAAGAACUGAAAAAUGAACAACAGGUUUAUUCUCAAGUGAAUAAACCUGAUUAUAAAGAGUGUGUAAAUGAAAUCUAUCAGGGUCUGAAUAAUUAGAAUAAUGGUCACCAAUGGUCACAUGAUAGGGUCCUGAAAAUAAGGUGACUCUUCACAUACACUUCACUACUAUUUUAUAUCAUUACGCAAUGUUACAUUGUCCUUGUUUUUUUAAGAUGAUCAAUCAAGAAGAGCCACUUGAUAAUACAAUGGAGGAAGAAAAUAAAUUAAUUUUCUUCCUCCAUGAUAAUACUUUCACUUUAAAUUAAUUAUCCACAAUAUAAGGCCUAAAAAAAAUUGUUUG